CUUGCGCUGCUCUCGUUGCUCUUCUACCGCGUCUCGAUGGUAGAGCCGGCCUCAGGGGCGCCUUGGCGUUGGUGGCUUCGGUGAGGAAAAGUGAGAGUUCCAACUUUCCUCUUGGCCUGAGAGGUUUUUGGCGCAGAGCGUCGUCAUGUCAGAGAAAAAGCAGCCGGUGGAUUUGGGUCUCUUAGAGGAGGACGACGAGUUCGAGGAGUUCCCUGCAGAAGAUUGGGCUGGUUUAGAUGAAGAUGAAGAUGCACAUGUCUGGGAGGAUAAUUGGGAUGAUGACAAUGUAGAGGAUGACUUCUCCAAUCAGUUACGAGCUGAACUAGAGAAACAUGGUUAUAAGAUGGAGACCUCUUAGCAUCCAGAAGAAGUGUUGAAGCAACCUAAACUUGAACUGUACUAAAUUCUAAGUCAGAGAACCCAGGAUGGGACACUU